GGUUCUUGAACAUACUCUUCAAAGAACUAAUGGCAGGUGACUGCUGAGGAUAACGAAUAUGCAGUUGUGUAAAUCUCAACUGCAUUAAAUUGAAACAAAAGUUUAGAAUAGAGUCUCUUAACUAGGGAAGGACAGAGAUGUGUUUUGGGCAUUCCUGCAGGUGAAUGUAAAGCAGUGAAGCAUAUAAAUGUUCCUGUGCCUACCAUGUGAUAGUGUGCUGUGGGACCAGGUUGGUGUCAGCAUCUGCACUUAGUGCCAGUCAGAACUGGUUGUAAAGUACUGAUGGGGAUGGACACAAGGGUCCCCAAGCAGCCAUGCAGCAGGUCUUAGACAACCUUACUGAUCUGCCGACAUCGACAGGCGCUGAAGAAAUAGACCUGAUUUUUCUUAAAGGAAUUAUGGAAAACCCUAUCGUAAGAUCACUUGCUAAGGCUCAUGAGCGACUGGAAGAUUCUAAACUUGAGGCUGUCAGUGACAACAACCUGGAGUUGGUGAAUGAAAUUCUUGAAGACAUCAGUCCAUUAGUAAAUAAAGAUGAAAAUAUUGCAGAAUUGGUUGGAAUACUCAAGGAACCUCAUUUUCAGUCACUCUUGGAAGCACAUGAUAUUGUUGCUUCAAAAUGUUACGAUUCCCCUCCUUCUAGUCCAGAAGUCAAUAAUUCUUCAGUGAACAACCAGGUUGUUCCAGUAGAUGCUAUUCGUAUCCUUGGAAUUCACAAAAGAGCAGGAGAACCAUUGGGUGUUACAUUUAGAGUUGAGAACAAUGAUCUGGUAAUAGCACGGAUUCUUCAUGGAGGAAUGAUAGAUCGACAAGGUCUUCUGCAUGUGGGUGACAUUAUUAAAGAGGUGAAUGGCCAUGAGGUUGGAAACAAUCCAAAAGAAUUGCAAGAACUGCUGAAAAACAUUAGUGGCAGUGUCACUUUGAAGAUUCUUCCCAGCUACAGAGACACUGUUAUUCCUCAACAGGUUUUUGUGAAGUGUCAUUUUGAUUAUAAUCCAUAUAAUGACAACCUCAUUCCAUGCAAAGAAGCAGGUUUGAAAUUUUCUAAAGGAGAAAUUCUUCAGAUUGUAAACCGGGAAGAUCCAAAUUGGUGGCAGGCUAGUCAUGUCAAAGAAGGAGGAAGUGCAGGUCUAAUUCCCAGCCAGUUCCUGGAAGAGAAGAGAAAGGCCUUUGUUAGGAGGGACUGGGACAAUUCAGGGCCUUUUUGUGGAACAAUAAGCAGCAAAAAAAAGAAAAAGAUGAUGUAUCUCACUACAAGAAAUGCAGAAUUUGAUCGUCAUGAAAUCCAGAUCUACGAGGAAGUGGCCAAAAUGCCUCCUUUUCAAAGGAAAACGCUGGUCUUGAUUGGGGCCCAAGGAGUGGGGCGAAGAAGUUUGAAGAACAGGUUCAUAGUACUGAAUCCUACUAGGUUUGGAACUACAGUGCCAUUUACUUCACGAAAGCCAAGGGAUGAUGAAAAAGAUGGGCAAGCAUACAGAUUUGUGUCACGAGCUGAAAUGGAGAUGGAUAUUAAAGCUGGAAGAUAUUUAGAGCAUGGAGAAUAUGAAGGAAAUCUUUAUGGCACCAAAAUUGAUUCCAUCCUUGAAGUUGUUCAGACAGGAAGGACCUGCAUCUUGGACGUAAAUCCACAGGCCCUGAAAAUACUGAGGACUUCAGAAUUCAUGCCCUAUGUAGUGUUUAUUGCUGCUCCAGAGUUGGAGACUUUGCGAGCUAUGCACAAGGCUGUGGUAGAUGCUGGGAUUACAACCAAACUUCUUACUGACACUGAUUUGAAAAAAACAGUAGAUGAAAGCGCGCGGAUCCAGAGAGCGUACAACCACUACUUUGACCUGACCAUUGUCAAUGACAACCUGGACAAAGCCUUCGAGAAGCUGCAGACUGCCAUUGAGAGACUGAGGCUGGAGCCACAGUGGGUCCCCAUCAGCUGGGUGUAUUGAGAUGUCUUGAGAGGAGCUUAAGUAACAAAUAAAACCAAGAGCAGCAAAUGUGACAUGUAGAUACCGAUGAUAACCUACAGCACCUGUGCAUUUUUACUCUGUGUAUAUUCAAAAGUACACUGUUCUGAAUUUUUAUAAAAAUGUUGAAGAGAAAGUGUACUUAAAUAUGUAAUUUAUUUUAAUUUUUCUAACUUUUUACGGAUAACCUUUCUAUUCAUAUCACAUAAAGGAAAUGCGUUUAAGCAUUUUUCUAUGUUUUGAUUUAGUACCUUUGCCUUUUUCAUCAAAGAAACUUUCAGUCAUUCACUUCAACAUUUACAUCUUGGUCUUACAUUUUCACUGUGAUUAAAAAAAGGAUACUUGAAACAAUUUUUGUAAAAUUUGUUAAUGUCAAUGUUUAACUGAUCAAAAGUCUAUCGCUCUUAUUAGGAACAAAUACUAAUUUCUUUGCUUUUUUUUAAAAUUCCUUAAAAAAAAAUUCGCGGGAGCAGAAUUUUAAAUAUUAAAAGCAGCAACAAACAGCUCCAUUGCUCCAGCUUCUUUCAGCUUAAUGUUGGUGCAUUCCUGAUGUUUCACAAUUUCUUGAUAUCUCUUGAUUUAGGUAACUUUUAUGUAGGUUCCCUUAUAUCUGUCUCCUAAGUUAUUAUAGAGCAAAACCUUGCAAGCUGCUUAUUAGGCUUUCUUGGGAACCAAACUGUUAGCCCAUUAGAGCUGAAGUACUGAUGUUAGGAAGUCAUAUGCAAGGUAAUUCAGUGCAAUUUGAAUAAUGGUGAAGUAGCUUGAGAGAGAAUCUGAUAAUGUGGAGCCUUGUAGGUGACACUUAAUGUUUAGGACUAUUUAUUCACACUUGUGAAAACACAUUGCUUUAAGGAAAAAAAAAUAGGCAUUUUCUUUUCUUACAACAUUGUUCUGUAUUUGUAUAGUGAUCUGUGGCUUCAUUUCCUGCGAUGUCUAGCUGGGUUCUAAAUUAUCUUUUAAAUAUUUGUGCGUGAUCAACUGCUGUAUUUUAUGAGUGUUGUAUAAUGGCAUUACUGUGCUUUUUCUCACAUUGUUUUUAAUUGCAUUUUUCAUUAGAUAGCUUGUGAAUUGGAAGCUUACUGCUAGGAAGCAAUGUUGUUUAUACCUUUUUGGUUUUACAAUGUAUUUUCUUUUGCUUAGUGACAGUUCUCCCCUCAGUAGGCUCAUUGAUACAAUUUGUGUUAUGUUCAAGUUCCUCGAUCAAAACUUAGGGUGAUGUAAAUUUCUGCUUGAGAACAGAAUGAAAAGACAGCUUGUUGCUCAGACGAGCUCCUUUUGUGACCAUGUUUUAUCUUAUAGUGUCAGCUGUUGUAUAUAGUCACAUUCACCACCACGUCCUGGGUUAGGUGUCUAAACUGAAGUCAUCUGUUUAAUUUCUCUUCCAUCUGGUGACAGGCACCUGGCUUCUGGAUUCUUUUUCAACACCAAAAUGUGACACGGAAUGCUAUCGAAAGGCAGCUUCCUCAGAACUAUUUCUGGAGGAAGACAGGCUUAGACAUUGUAAAACAGUAUUGCUUCCUGGGGCUCUCAAAAGACUUUUAUGUGCACAAGGAAAAGAAAAAAUGGAGUUGAUGCACUACAGGAGAAGUGUGUUAAAAAAAAAUCCCUCAAAACACCCAUAUACUACAAAGAUUUUUACAAAGCCUAUGAAGUUGGUUGUUGUGGGGAAAUAGGGGCAGAGGGGACUUCAAAUCCCAGUGUAUGUGGAAAAUGUCAGUCAAACUUGUAUUUGGCACAGGAAAUCUUUGUGGCUCCUCAUAUAGAGAUUUCAGUCUUUUAGAAGGAAUCUGAAAUUCUCUAAGGAAAAUUUGUACCACUACUUUGUUUUACUGCUAUACUUUUCAGGAUGUGUUUUCUCUGGUUUUGUUUGAGUUUGGCAGAGCUUUUAAAUGUGGCACCAGCAUGGGACUCUUAGUUUCCUUUCCCAGGAAAUAUGUUCUGUGAUCCUAUCACUCAGAGGCUGCUUUGAGAAAUGGAUCAAGUUUUGUAUGUAGCAGUAAAUGAUAGCAGGGCCGUUGCUUGGCUAUUUUAAUGAUUUGCUUUUGGCACUCUAUGCUGAACAUGACUGAACUGUGUUUGUGUACUGUGUCAUAGGAGACCUCCAUAAGCUGUAAAUAAGAUGUGCUGUCUGGACAGAUAUGAUGCCUUUUCAUUAUGAGUUAGAAAAAUACUCUUAUUUAUGAUGCCAAAAAUGGGCUGAGUUCACUCUUCCCUAAUGAACAGAAUGAAACGAUUCUUCAGUUUACACACCAUAGUACUUUAUAUUGCAAACGUCGCUUACUUUCAUCUUUUUUUUCCAUAAGUUUACUUAAACCAAAUGAAACACGUGAAACAUGGACAACAAGGUUUAGUCAGGAAAAGCUCUCUGCUCCUUCUGUUUCCAUCCCAGAGAGAACACUGUCAAAAGAGUCUCCUAGUUAGCAAUCUCCAGAAUAGCCACGUUCUUGCUAAAGGCUAAAGCUUUAGCAUUUGCUACAGGUUCGCACUGUGUGCUCGAUCAGGCAGCGAGCACAGUGCAGCCUGGUGGCUGAGCAUUGGGUGGUGGUAGCGUAGAUGCCAAUGAGCAGUACAAUUCUUAAGCAAUAAGAGAAGAUGGCUUGCUUAGGUUGCAGGCAACGAUUGUAUGGAAGUGUCUGCAGGUUUUAUCUGGGUAUCCACAUGCCAGGUUGUAAGGGGGAAAACAACCCAAACACCACGCUCCUUGCAUCUGUUAAAUCAUGUGGGUUCAUGUUGGCAUGUGUUUAAUACUGAGAGAGAGAGAGAGGUUGGCUUGGUUUUUGCAGUGGAGAGUUUUGGUUUUGUUUUUUAGCAAAAACAGAUUUUCAUAAGAUAUUCUGCUAGGUUUGUCACUACCUGGUAGGAUGACUAGCAUGAGAAUGACAGUUACUUUUCUU